AGACGGGCACGAAGCACCGGUGGAGGAGGUGUUAUAUACCGGCUGGAUCCUCGUUCGACCGUCAGUUUCUCGUACGAACUCGCGGCACCGACACCGCGAGCACCGCAAACACUCGCAGCUGUCAGAGAUCGCGAUCAUCUGAGCCGCGGAAGAAGUUCGCGCGAAGUAGACCCGGCCCGUACGGAUUCGCGCUCUGCGCUCGCCGCUCGCGUUCUCGUCCGCGCCCUGGAAGAGGACUAAGCCCCUAACCGGAAGGGCUGACCGCUCGGAAGUCGCUCAGAAGUACCUUCUUCGUCGAACCGUCCUAGGGUUGGGUUAGGUCCUGGGGGAUCGCCAUGGCCACCUACGCGGCGUACAGGCACGUCGAGCUUGACAAUGUCGGAUACGGAAAGAAAAGGGUGCUGAAACCGCCCGGCGGUGGCAGCAGCGAUAUUUUCGGCGCGGCCCCGGAAGAGACGAGCCCGCGGCGCGUUAAAGCCCACAAUCAGUCCCAGCUGGGCUCGGCCCUCUUUGGCAACACCAACGGCACCGACAAAGGAGACGGUGCCGUGUCGCCGCGCAGCAACAAGCCCGGUAAUGAUUCAUACAAACGCCUGUUUGGUCCUCCCGAUGCCCCACCCCCAAACGCGAGAAAUCACAUGCGCAGCAAUAUUCCCCUCAGCGGGGGAUCGUCGAUCUCGUCGCUAUCGUCGUGCACCGCGACGUCACCCGCGAAGAGCACGGCCAGCAGCAACUCGUCGGGUAUCGCCAACGGCUAUACCAGCAACGGCAGCAACUCGUCCAAUGAUAUGACAGCUUUUAGGAGAAACAAAAGAUUUCGAGGUUUGCCGGCGCGCAACCCGGUCACCGGAGAUGGAAUCGAGGUGACGCCCUUGAGGCGCAUCCCACGAAAGUAUCGAGAUGGCAACCCGGUAACUGGAAUCGGCUACGCGUCCGAGGUACAGAAGAACGGGCCGGUGAUGCAGAACGGAACCGCCAGCUCGAAUUCCAGCAGCGGCGAGAAGUCGACCGACACGUCGCCGGCGUCGGCGAAGCCGCAGGCGCGCACCCGCGUCCCACCCGGCGGCUAUUCAUCCGGGCUCUGGUAAAGGGCGACGUCGCCAUCGGGGGUCGUUCCGUCUUCUCUCCCCCCCCCCCUCCCCGGAAGAGGACACCCCCGAUUAAUUCUUUCGGCCCUGUACUCUUAACCCAUUAAAGCCCGCAAUCCACCUAGAGCCUUCUAAUCGUCGUCCGUAGAACGUUCCGUGCGGAAGUCUAUUUUACCACCGUGUACUCGCAGCGACAAAAUAUCUUUUCUAUGAUUUUUCUAGAGAUACGUACAGAGAUAGGCGAGAUAAUCAAUCAAUCGUGGGCUUUAGUGGAUUAACGUUACACAUCAUUCUCUCUUCGCUUUGUACUAAUUCAAAUAUACAGAAAUACACAGAAAGGAGUAAGCGUCUUUAGGCCUCUCGAUUCUCGGGUGAUGAAUCAACCUCUUUCGAUCUUCGGAGAGAACAGCCGUUGUCGAAUUAAAAUUGAUACGUGCUGACGAUCGCUUCUUUCGAACAAAGCGACGUCCGUUGUUUAUUGUCGGGGCCGAAGGGGUUCAAUAGCAGGACGCGCGAAGGUAACAAUGAAACCGUGAAACCCCCCCAAAUAUCUCGCAACACAGAAACGAGCAGCGAGUCGCGUUCGAUCAAUGACACGAUAAAGAUCACGCGUUUCAAUUUAUCAAAUAACUGAAACCGUUUGGGUUUUCUGGAUUUCACUCGCGUAGUUUUGUUUCACGUAAGAUUAAUUAUCGCAAGAUUAAUUACAUCGAGUGAGAAGUAGAACGAGAGAAUGAGAAACAGAAAUGUCUCCAGAGAUACUUAAGCAUCUGCGGACUUGUUCGACGAAGACAGGAACGCGCGCGAGGGUGAACAGAUUCCCGGGUUUCCUGAGCGUAAAUUACCGGUCCUUCAAUUAGCAACUCUCGAGCACAGGUUUUAUCGCGUAACUGUAUAAAGAUAGUUAAAGCGAUCGUCGGGCGUAAAGCGUUACUCUUUCGCGGCUGGAACGUUGCGCCAGUCGGCGAACGAUUCGCGAGUCGUAAAUCACUUCGCUAGGAAGCGCGACUUCCUAUCGGCAACGAUUUACAUAUAAUGAAUCACAUGGACAAGCGGGGAAGAGCGCAGAGAUGGAGGCGAAAGAGUGUGUCUGAAAGUAAAGGCGCGUACGAUAAGGAAAUAUCUAAAAUACACUCGUAGGGGUUUGCGAUCCAGCAGUCUAGGAUAAACCUGAAGGAGAAAAGAAGUUUUGCAUCUUGAAACCAACAGAUCAAUCUUAGAAGCAUAUCGUAAAAGAACAUAAAUAUUUUAUGCAUUCUCUGCAACGUUUUACACACUCGAUUCGUUGAUAUUUGUUAACUUGAGAGGUUCAAUAAGUAAGAGUGUUGCUCGUUUUAUUCGCGUGACCCAUCCGAGCGAUCUGUCUCGUCAACGUCGAGCAAUCGCGGCAUUUUGCUCGUUUCCAGUGUUGCACGUCGAUCCGUUUAGAAUUCGCUCCCACCUCGAGGUGAAGGGCAAUGAUACGUAUACAUUCACGUAUACAUAUAUACACGCAUACAGAAGAGUAGACCAAGAUCGUAAGACCUACGAUCGUUGCUGUAUAACGCGGCGUUGAUUAGGAGCGAGAACAGAAAAAAAAAUCGUUGCACCGAUCAAUCCUGCCAAGCGUCGAAGGAUAUAUCGAUUUAAAAGAACAAAACGUCAAAAUAACACGUAAUUAAUAGGCUAAUUAACACUUUGAAUGGAGUAACCGUUGAUUCGUGGUACUGUUUAAAAAAGACGGGGGAUGAAGCGUUCGAGUCACGAAUGACUGGAACCGUGAGAGGAAUGGACUGAAAAGUAGCAGCGCGUUUUUGACAAUGAAACUGCGAGAUGGAGACCUCGGAAUUGUACAUUAGAAGUAGGCAUGUGUUAUUUCGAGAAAUAAAAGUGUAUCAUGUAUAACCCAUUAAAACCAAGUUUCAAGUG